AGGCAACGGCAGCAGCUGUAAAAGAAAGACAGAGACAGUAGACGGCGGUAGCUCGCGGUGGCGAGAUACGACGUCGACUGUGGAGCUGCAGAGGAGUUCGACAUCGGCGAGGUGGCGAGAUUUCCCCUGUGGCGGAGGUGGCGAUCAGCAGCAGCACCGCAUCGUCAUGGAGCUGCGACUGCAUUCCCCGGCCGGAGCCGAUCCCAUCGUCUACCAGUGGCCGCUCACCUCCGGCUCUGGAAACGAUCGACACGAUGGAGCUCUGGAUGUAGUGGAAACCAUGAGGUGGGUCUGCGAAGACCUACCAGACCUCAAACUACCAUUAGAGAAUAACAUUCUCUGCAAUUAUGACACACGGGAUUACGAGAGUAUGAAAAACCUGUGUGAUAGGUUUAAUAGAGCUAUUGACAGUUUAGUCCAAUUGGAAAAAGGCACGAGCUUACCAUCUCAGAGACUAAAUAAAAGGCCAAGUAGAGGACUGUUGCGACAUAUACUGCAGCAAACGUACAAUCAGGCUGUCGUUGAACCUGACAAGCUAAAUCAAUACGAACCUUUUUCACCCGAAGUUUAUGGAGAAACGAGUUAUGAAUUAGUUUGUCAGAUGAUCGAUCAGAUAGAUGUAACUGAAGAUGAUGUUUUUGUAGACUUAGGUUCUGGCGUUGGCCAGGUAGUUCUUCAAAUGGCUGCUGCUACUUUCUGUAAGAUUUGCCUGGGCGUUGAAAGGGCUGAUGUACCUUCAAAAUAUGCGGAGAGUAUGGAAGUGAAUUUUAGAAAGUGGUUAAAUUGGUAUGGAAAACGAUGUGGAGAGUAUCGUUUAAUCAAAGGCGACUUCCUUGCCGAUGAACAUAGAGAAAGUAUUACAGGAGCCACAAUAGUAUUUGUCAAUAAUUUUGCAUUCGGGCCUACAGUAGAUCACCAAUUAAAGGAGCGUUUUGCAGAUUUGAGAGACGGUGCGCGCAUCGUAUCAUCGAAAUCUUUUUGCCCUUUAAAUUUUAGGAUAACUGAUAGAAAUCUUAGUGAUAUUGGCACGAUAAUGCACGUCUCCGAGAUGUCACCAUUAAAGGGUUCCGUCUCGUGGACUGGGAAGCCCGUGUCCUACUACCUGCAUGUGAUAGACCGGACAAAGCUCGAGCGUUACUUCAACCGACUGAAAAACAACAAGCAGGGAGCACCGGAUAAUGAUAAUUCAGAUUCUGUGAUAAAUAACACUGCCAGCAAUAACAAUAGGAUGUCGAGCAGAAGCGAGCGAGGUGAACGCGCGAAGCGAGACUUGUCGCGGCAAUUGGACAAUAGUCCCAAUAAUUCGGAGCAACAGAAUACGAAUAGUGAUUCGGACGCGGAUGAGGAGCAUUUGGUGAAGACGCGUCGACAGCCCAAGAUGCGACGGAAAUUGAGUCGGAAGGCUGCAAGUGGUACCUCACGGCCGGCGACUAGGGGCAGACAGCGGGGUCGAGGCAUCAAGAAGGCGAAGCCCAAGAAGACUAUCAAUAUAUCGGGUCUGGAUUUAUUGCACAGUCAAACACUGCUGAGCACUUCGCCCCAGGCGAUGGGCAAGAAACCACCACCGGCGCCCGGAACCGUCGAUCAACAGUUAUCGUCGUUAUCGCUUACGCUACAGCCGAACGCUGCAUCCGUACACGAGGAGCUGAGCAUACCCGCCGCACCUGCCGAUACACCAUAUGCGCUGCAAAUACUUUUAGAUUUAUAUAGGGAUCAAUUUAUGGCAAUGUUAGAUUCAAUGAAAACUCCGGCAUAUAAGAUAUCUGUAAAUGCCGAUAUAGCAAAAGAGCGUGAAAGAAACUCGAAAUUACAGUCAAGGGCUGCUCAAUUAGAAAAGCAAAUUAAAGUGUUGAUCGACGACAGCGUAGCUUUGCUGAAAGCGAGGAUGACAGAGUUAGGUAUCAACGCUACGUCACCAGGUGAUCUCUUAGCCAAGGCCAAGGAAAUUGUGCUGCGACAUAAGCAGCUGCAGGCCAAGGCAAGUAAAUUACAGGCUCAAGUGUCUGCUAUAGAGACUGAACAAAAUAGAUUAGCAACACUGAGGCACCAGGAGCUGCAAGAAAAGUUCCAUCAACAAGGAACGAGUGUCGCACCUCCACCGCCACAACCACUCACUCAAGAGUACAUAUUGAAGGAGAUAUCGGCGACUCUUGCUCAACGCAAGAGAUUGCAUUCGCAAGUAUCGAAAUUAGAACAAGAGCUAAAUACAAUAGAAAGGUCAAACAUAGAAAAGCAGACAGCCAAUAAUCAACAACUUCAACACCAACAUCGAGAGAGUAAUGUCAAGCUUAUAGUGCAACAGCAGCAACAACAGCAACAACAGCAGCAGCAGCAGCAGCAUCAUCAUCAUCAUCAUCAUCAACAGGCGCACUUGACGCACAUAGUAAAAAGUGGAGGAUCGCGCAAGAGUAGGGAGGGUCGUUCGCGAUCCCAGGAAUGGCCCGACGUACCAGAUGUCGGGAAAAUUCAAGAAAAGAAUCCAGAACUUCUAGCGCAAAAGAUUCUUGAAACCGGGCGACAAAUAGAAGCCGGUCGGUUGCCUAGCAGAUCGAGCGUAACGACAACAGCAACGGCGCCGUCGGCGAACGGAUCGAGGACGCGGCUGCCUCAAGCUACGCUGAGCUUCGCCGUCGCGACACCUACGACCGUGUCACCGCAGCACGUCAUUCGCGACGCCACGAAUCGGGUCGUCCAGGAGCCUCCCAGAGUCGCCAAUUUCGAGGAUAGGCUCAAGAGUAUCAUCACUAGUGUAUUGAACGAGGACCAACAGAACAGGAGUAAGCAGCAACAGCAGCUACAACAGAUGCACGUGCAGGGAGCUUUGGCGCCUGGAGAGCCGGAAAGGAAACGACACGCAAAACUGCAAAAUGUCAAUGCACCGGAUUAUACGCAGGUUUCGCCCGCUAAGAUGGCUCUGCGUCGACAUCUCUCUCAGGAACGGCUGACGACGCCGCAGCCCUCGGUUCUGGAGCACGCGGGCCCCGACACGAAGCUUCACCUGCACCAGCAGCACCUACAGCACCAGCGGCAGUCCUCGUCGAGACUCGAGGGCUCGCGGAUCCUCGGGCCGGGAGCAGGCGCAGGCGCCAGCAGCAGCGGUCCCGUCGGCAAUGGCAGCGCCGGCCUCCUAGGCACGAGAACGAUCGGGGACCUCGUGAGCGGCGAGAUCGAACGGACCCUCGAGAUAUCCAAUCAGACGAUCAUCAACGCGGCCGUGGACAUGAGCGUGAUGGCCAGGCCCGACAACUCCUACUCGCCCAUCAGCCGGCCUGCGAGCGCCGAGGGGGAGACGGGCCUUGCGACCCUCGCCCACGUUGCCAGUUACGCGCCGACACCCUCGGCGCCGACAGCGGCCGUACCCUCGACCGUGGCCCCCACGAGGUCCUCGGUGCUUUACACGCCGCAACAGGGCCAGGCGCAGAGGUAUACUCCGGUCCAGUUGCCGCGGGCGGAUAUCAAGCCUUAUCACGAGUCGUAUUUCACCGACAAUCCCUCGACGUCCAUUAGCCAAUCCCACAGCAGCGCACCGAGCAGCGUGCAGUCAUCCCAGACGAGCGCGGCGAGCUCGGCGAACGGCGAAAUCGUGCCUCUGGAAGGGCUGGCCGCCACCCUCCACGCCCGAAUGCUCAACAACCAAAACAGCAGUGGCAGCGGUAGCAAUACCACUACCACGAUUAUUAAAAGCGAACACACCUCGAGCAGCAGAAGUAGGUUUCAGCCGUAUCCACGGUACUCGAAUGGUGGUGGGAGCUUAAGUAACAACAGCACGAGGGCGGUGACGCCCCAAAGCCAGCCGACGAUGGCCGUGAAGACGGAGGCGAUAGUGUCGACGGUGAGCACGAGCGGAGCGCCGUUGAGUCCGCUGAUCGAGCCACAUUCCAACACCUCGACGCCGCUGGUCGACGAGCCGCAUCUCACGAAUCCGCGGCAACGGCAUGGCGACAACGACGCGGAGGCCGACUGGCAGGACCGCAUAAGCUCGGGCUUCGAUCGGCUCGUGGCAUUCGCCUCGACGGAGCUGGACAAACGGCGGCGUUCAACCGAGGGCGUGAACACGAGUCCGGACAGCGGCCUCGGCUCCGACAGCGCCGUCCUGGGACCGCCGCCCAUCGUCCCCUCGCCGGACGAGGCCUUGGGCCCACCCCGUACCCCCUCCCCAGGCAGUCCCCGCCCAGCCAACACCAACGCCGGUCACGGCCACCUGAUAACGAGCAACGCCACCUCCGUCGUUGCCGUCACCGCCUCCGCCUCCGCAGCCUCAUCCUCGUCCUCGUCCUCCUCGUCCUCCUCGUCAUCGUCUUCAUCGUCAUCGUCCUCUGGCUCCUCGGUGCCGUUAAAGUACCAACGACAGACAGAUCCCGAGAGGCAUCACUUCAAGAAGAAGUUUUUCCACAGGGACUGGGAGCCGGUACAGCCGGCCGCGCCCGGCGCCAACGUCAGCAAGUUCAGGCCCAAAGGCAAAGAUUGGGACUGGAACAGCCACUCCGGGCACCAACACCAGCAUCACCAUCAUCACCACCAGCACCAGCACCAUCAGCACCAGCACCAGCACCAGCACCAGCACCAGCACCAUCAGCACCAACACCAUCAUCAUCAGUGGCCCGGAAGCGACGAGCAGUCCUAACCUACAGAUGGAUCCUCCCCUCGUUAGAGCUUAUGCUUCUUUCUGUCCCUCGGAGUUUGGAUCAUUUAAUGUACCUCGGUUAAUUUGGGUACCGGGUCAGUCGGGGCACCGCUCCCCCACCGU